UUGUACGCGUUGUGCGCCCGCAGAACCGCGAUGACAUGUGGACUGCUCUCACGCGAACCAUCGUCACUCUAUGCAGGGGAAGACACACUAAAAGGUCUCGAUCGCCUGUGAACAACAAAGAGGGGAGCCGGACACCCACUAAAAUGGACUUCACCAACUCCAACGUAAUCACAGCUGACCAAGUAUCGGAAUUCUUGUUCGCACACCCCGACUUCCUAGAACGCUACGUAAUGGAUGAGAUAGAGGUCGAACAGCUGGAAAGGUGGAUAAUCCGCAAAUCGCAGAGGCUGAAGAAGAAGCCGGAAUCGUGCACCCGGAACGGCAGGAAGACCAGCCUCUCCCGGUGGAAGUUCUGUGUGCACGCCGACAAGCGGCAGAUGCUGCAGGAUUUGACGCAGAGCCUUCAGCUGAAGCCGACGAAGGAUCACGUUCUCUGGGAACUGGCCAACUGCAUUUGCUCGGCAGUCAGUGCCGACGGGUUCAGGUUGUACCUGGCAGACAGAAACGAGCCGGAGGAUCUACGUCUCUUCCUGGGCCUGGAGUCCAAGACGGAAAACGGGGAACACAAGCAACAGAGGAUCCAGAACGGCGUUAACGUACCUUCCUACGUGGCUCGCACCCUGGAACCGGUCCGGAUUUCGAGAAACACCCCCGAUCCGCGCUUUCCAGGUCAAAUGAUGGAUGAGCUGCAAGGCGAUAUCGUUCACGUCCAAUGCCAGCCGAUUAUGCAGUCUGAUGGAAAACUAGCGGCGGUGCUCGAGCUGUGGAGGCGAGAUACCGGCGGUCCGUUCUACGAAGAGGACGAAGAGAUCGCCUCCAGCUACCUGGUGUGGGGCGGUAUCGCCCUCCACUACGCCCACCUCUACCUCAAUAUGAAUCAGCAGAAAAAGCUUAACGACUUUCUGCUGGCUGUAGUCAAGUCCAUUUUCCAAGACAUGGUCAGCAUGGACAUGCUCGUCAUGAAGAUCAUGAACUUCGCCCAACGCCUGGUGGACGCGGACAGAGCGUCCCUCUUCCUCGUCGACUCCAAGAACAAAGAGCUCUACGCCACAAUUUUCGAUGUCGGCGUGGAAAAUACCGACACGGACGGUCUCUAUGCCAUCGGUGGUGAGGCGGAGGAAAUCAAGGUGCACCCGUCGAAGGAAAUCCGUUUUCCUUUGGGCACGGGCAUCGCGGGUCAAGUCGCCAUGACGGGGGAGAUCCUCAACAUCAAAGACGCCUAUGCGGACUCCCGAUUCAAUCGCACGGUGGAUCAAUUGACGGGCUACACCACCCAAACCAUCCUCUGCAUGCCCAUCUACAUAAGAGGCUCCAUCAUCGGAGUGGUACAAAUGGUCAACAAACACUUCGGGUCAUUCACCAAAGACGACGAGGAAGCCUUCGAGAUGUUCGCCGUCUAUUGCGGCUUGGCCCUCCACCACGCCAAACUGUACGACAAAAUAAAAAGAUCUGAACAAAAGUAUAAGGUGGCGCUGGAGGUGUUGAGCUACCACAACACCUGCACGGAAGAGGAGUACCAAACGGUGCUCAAAGAGGGCGUUCCUAGAGACAUGGUAGGGGUGGACGAUUACUAUUUUAAUCCAUUUGAUUUGGGGGACUACGAGAAGGCUAAGUGCGCGAUCUAUAUGUUCUGGGACUUGUUCGGAUUGAACGGAUUCGACCAGAAUACGUUGCUGAGGUUCACGCUGACCGUUAGGAAGAACUACAGGAGGGUACCUUAUCACAAUUGGACACACGGGUUUUCUGUGGCUAAUAGUAUGUAUUGCAUUAUUAAGAAGUCCAAGGGGCUCUUCAAGCAAAUCGAGUGUCUAGCUCUGUACAUAGGAGCGUUAUGCCACGAUCUGGACCAUAGAGGAAAGAACAACAAAUUCAUGUUAGAUAUCGAAUCUCCGCUAGCAGCUAUAUAUUCCACAUCAACUAUGGAGCAUCACCAUUUCAACCAAACGGUUACUAUCUUGCAACAGGAGGGCCACAACAUUUUCGGCAAGCUCUCCAGCAGCGACUACAAGCAGGUGCUGGGGCUUCUGAAGCACUGCAUCCUAGCCACGGACCUGGCAGUGUUCUUCCCGAACAAGACCAAGCUGUUGCAGGUCCUGCAAGCGAGGAAGUUCUCCUGGUCCAAUAACGAGCACAGGGGCCUGAUCCAGGCCAUAGCGAUGACCGGCAGCGACCUGAGUGCCAGUGCGAAACCGUGGGACAUCCAAGUUGAGACUGUAAAAGUGAUUUUCGAGGAGUUCUACCAGCAGGGAGACGCCGAGAGGGCCGCCGGGAGGAAGCCCAUACCCAUGAUGGACAGAUACCAGCCCGACCAACAGCCUUCCAGCCAAGUCGGGUUCCUGACGGGUAUCUGCGUUCCUUGUUACACGCUGCUGUAUACGCUUAUACCCGAAAGUAAGCCCAUGUUGGACAUGUGCCAGGAAAACCUGGAGAGAUGGCGCAAGAUCGACGAGGACAUUAAGGAGAAGGAUUAGUUCUAUGUUCGGUGUCAUUUUUCUAUGUACUUAGCUCUUGUACCUGUCGUCGUCUACUGUCUUACACAUCAACCACACAAAUCUCGAAGGUGCUAUCCGGUCUUACACGUAUUUAUUGUAGUUUGUAGCGAACUCUGUAUUGUAAUUUACUUACUUUCAGUGGAAGUGCAAAAUUUGAUGAAAAACGUAAAUUGAUAAUUGGAAAAUAUGCUGUCAAAUUACUGCAAAAGGGAAAAUAAUUUAAUUUCAUUGAAAACUAUGUUAUAAGUAAGCAUUUUUAAGCAGGCACAGGACUUCCCUCAAUUCAAAACAUCGUUAAAAUCUCUACUUCUCUGGCGUCCCUCUAGCAUUUCGUUCGAGGAUUCCAGCAAACCAAACCGCACCCUUCUAGGUCGAAAAAUAAAAAUUUUACGAUCUGUUCGCCAAUUUCAAAAGUCACGUGACUUAAAACGUGACCUAACAAAGCACCUCCAUAUUUUUUUAACCGUUGACAAUAUCGAAAAAGUAACUCCGGCGUCCCUCUAGCAUUUCGUUCGAGGAUUCCAGCAAACCAAACCGCACCCUUCUAGGUCGAAAAAUAAAAAUUUUACGAGCUGUUCUCCAAUUUCAAAAGUCACGUG